CUUGGUAUGUGCCAUGUCUAGCUUCACUUGAAACCCUCCAAGAAUUAUGUAGGAAGGAAAAUCUCAGAUGUAAAUCCAUUGGAAUCACCAACAGGAGUCUAAAGAGUUAUGAGGUGGAAUAUUUGUGUGACUACAAGGUAGAAGAGGGCACAGAAUACUAUCUUGUGAAAUGGAAAGGAUGGCCAGAAUCUUCAAAUACUUGGGAGCCUCAGAAAAAUCUGAAAUGCCCAGUACUUAUUCAAAACUUUCUUAGUGACAAGAAUGAAUACUUGUCUCGGGUGAGAGAAGGCAAAGCACUGAAAGUGAGGAACCAUGUUAAAGCUUUGAAACCUGCGGUCGCAGAUUACAUUGUGAAGAAGGCUAAGCAAAGAAUAGCUCUGCAGAGGUGGAAGGAAGAACUCAACAGGAAAAAGAAUCAUAAAGCAAUGAUUCUGGUAGAAAACACUGUGGAUCUUGAAGGCCCUCCUUUAGACUUCUACUACAUUAAUGAGUAUAAACCUGCUCCGGGAAUAAACGUAAUAAAUGGAAUAACGACUGGCUGUGAAUGUGCUGACUGCCCUGCUGAGAAGUGCUGUCCAAAGGAGGCUGGAUUUAUUUUGGCUUACAAUAAACGAAAGAAGUUGAAAAUCCAGCCUGGCUUGCCCAUCUAUGAAUGCAAUUCCUUUUGUAGGUGUGGGCCUGACUGCCCUAAUAGGAUAGUACAGAAAGGUACCCCCUAUUCUCUUUGCAUCUUCAGAACUAACAAUGGCCGUGGCUGGGGAGUAAAAACCCUCCAGAAAAUUAAAACCAACAGUUUUGUGAUGGAGUACGUUGGAGAGGUGAUCACAAGUGAGGAAGCAGAGAGACGAGGCCAGCUCUAUGACAACCAGGGAAAUACAUACUUGUUUGAUUUGGACUAUGACUCAGAUGAAUUUACGGUAGAUGCAGCUCGAUAUGGAAACGUAUCCCACUUUGUGAAUCACAGUUGUGAUCCAAAUCUUCAAGUCUUCAACGUGUUUAUCGACAACCUCGACUUGCGUCUUCCUCGAAUAGCGCUGUUUUCCACGCGAACCAUCAAGGCUGGAGAAGAGCUAACCUUUGACUAUCAGAUGAAAGGUUCCAUAGAUCUGACUUCAGACUCGGCGGACGGCCUUAGCCCAUCCAGAAAGAGGAUCAGAACUGUCUGUAAAUGCGGAGCUGUGUGCUGCAGAGGUUAUCUCAACUGAAUCCAGGCACCCAAAGUCGCAGAUGCUUUACUCUCUUUUUUCAAAUGUGUUCUAAGACGACUCUUCUUUCACACGUAUGUUCAAGUAUUCUUCUGUCUAAUGUAAAUAAGUACAAUAAAAACAAGGCGU